AAUAACGGUCGAGUGGUUCCGGAGCGACAAGUACGUCGUUUGAACACCUUUACUUUGCUACAACCUCAACCCCAAGUACCUCUUCAACACUCCCCAACCUGGCUUUUGAAUCCCCUCUCUCUUCUUCGAAUUCCGAGCACAUUCAGACGCUCAUCUUCAAUCCUACGCCGACCCGCUACAAAACGACUGCUUGGUACCUUGUUUUACCCCACUUCUUCUCUAAUCAACUCCCAUCCAUAGUCGUUCUCCUACUGAACCUCUUUACGCCUUCUGCCGCGACUUUACCAUGGCUCCCUCCGAUUUGGACCAGCUCAUUGAAAUGGGCUUUGAUAAGGAACGAGCCGAGUUGGCCGUUAUUAAGGGUGGUGGCCUCCAAGGUGCCUUAGAAUGGCUCGAAACGAACCAAGACAAAUCCUUGGAGGAGAUAAAGACCGAGUCCAAGGAUGAUGACGAGGAGGAGGGUCCUCAGCUUCAACCGGGCGAGGAAGCGAGGAGCUUGGUCUGCAACGAGUGUGGAAAGAAGUUUCGAAGCCAUGCGCAAGCGGAAUUCCACGCCUCGAAGUCUAAACAUGUUGAUUUCUCAGAAUCUACGGAAGAACUUAAACCCCUCACGGAGGAAGAGAAAAAGGCAAAACUCGAAGAGCUCAGACAGAGGCUGGCAGCCAAGCGAUCGGUGCAGUCCGAACAGGAUAAGAUUGACCAGAAGAGAAAUGAAGAAAUCCGACGAAAGAGCACUAAAGAAUCCCAAGAUAUUAAGGAGGAGCUUCAGAAAAAGCAGAUGAUGAAGGAGGCAGAGAAAAAGAAAAAGGAGAAGCUUGCAGACAUCGAAGCGAAACGACGUGUCAAGGCGAAGAUUGAGGCGGAUAAGGAAGAGCGGCGACUUAAGGCUGAGCGCGAACGCGCAGAACGGGCCGGUGUAGCACCUUCAGCUCAAUCAGCCCUUGCUCCGGCAGCCGUCAGCUCAGGUGCUCCUACUUCAAGACCUGCCUCUGCCUACACCGAAACCCGCUUGAGAUUCCAGACCCCUAAGGGAAAUAUUCUGAAAACGCUUCCCGUCACAACCACGCUGUUCGAGGUUGCUGCAGCUUUAAAACAGGAUGACGGUAUUGAAGUCCACAGUUUCUUGCAGACUUUUCCCAGGAAAGUGUUUGAUACUGAAUACUACGGGGAGUCACUAAAGGACCUGGGCCUCACUCCUAGUGCAAGCCUUGUAAUCCAGUGAUUGGUACUUGUGGGGGAAACUGGCUAUGAACAAGAGUAAACAUAUGUGACGAGAUUAGUAAAAGCAAGAAGAAACUUUGAUACCAUGAGAGAAUAUCACCUAAAAUAUUGAACUGUAUCCAAG